GUUUUAUAAUACUCCAAAUUCUUAUAAUAAAAAAAAUGGAUUUGAUAAUAUCUUAUUUGCAUUACCCCUAAACUUUGUGCCACUAAAGUCCCAUAAUGUUUGUUCCCAUCGUGCAUCCAAUAACUUAUUCAUAAUAUAAAAAUAUAAAAAUAAAAUAAAGCAUGCAGCAAAUUAUUAUAUAUAUUUCAUAUUAUAAGAUGCAAAUUUGAUUUAUAAAAGCCUCCUUCGUUCUAAGGCUCAAACCCAAAUAAACUCUUCUGGCCGCAGCUGGUCUCAAGUUCUUGAUGAUGGCUUCUCUGCGUGCAGUUUUCUUGUCACUUUUGGUCAUUGUUGCUUCAGCUGGUGGCGAUGACAGUAACGGUGGUGGGUAUUAUGAUCUUAUGACACCCAAAUUGGCUAAUGAACAAAGGCUUCUCUCUACCAUGAUUGGUAUCCAAGGAAUUAUCCUUUACAAAUCUGGCUCGACAAUUUUCCCUCUGGAAGGAGGUUUGGCAAGAAUCACAUGUAAAGCAGUGGAUGAGUAUGGCUAUGAGGCAGCUUCUUACACAUUUUUAAGUGAUUCAAGUGAUGCCAAUGGCUACUUUUUAGCAACACUAUCUCCUUCAGAGGUAGAAGACAAGAGGGAGUUAAAGGAAUGCAAGGCUUUUCUUGAGGUCUCACCAUUAGAGAACUGUCAAGCUCCUUCUGACCUCAACAAUGGAGUCUCUGGUGCUCUUCUCCAUUCUUAUGAACUUUUGGUCCAUAACAAGAUGAAACUCUUCUCUGUCGGGCCUUUCCUUUUCACUUGCCAAAGUUAAAGAGGAGAUGGAAGGCAUGAUCCCAUGUGUUUAAACACUUUGUGUUGAAACUUUACUCAUUUUAUGAUGGAAUGGUGGCUAAGUUUGUAAUA